GCGGCGCGCGGCAAGCGGGGCGCGGCCGCGGCGGAGUUCUGGCGCUGCGAGCUGCGUCGCCCAGCGAGUCGUUCGACGAGCCCCGCCGGCCUGGCGAGACGGACGACGGGGAAGGCGAGGACGUCGAUUUGAGCAGGCUCGGGACGUUGCGGUUCGCUUUCGACGUGAUCCACCAGGGGAUGAAUUGCGAGAGCUCCACUGCGUUGGAGCUCACGAGGGAACUGCAGCAGUGGGUCGAGGAGAAUGAAGGCGUGGACUACAAGGGGAUGAAGACGAGGCACUGGGCCAGACGCCUUACGCGCGGGCUGGGCAGGCACCGCGCGCUGCGGCAGUGGCUCUGGACGAAGGGCGUGGCCCACACGCUCGAGGUGAAGGUGACACUGAACUCGUGCACAAGAACAAGGUGUUUCUGCGCCUGUGGCUGUCCAUACUGGACAUGUUGGCGAUCGUACUACGCCGUUGAGCUCACGCGGCGCAGCGAGCAGCACACCCAGCGCUACGAGGCCAUCAGCCACCACCACGCCGCCCUGCGGGGCGAGGUCGUGGACCUGGACGGCAACGACCUGCAGGAGGUCACGCCGGAGGAGUACGCCCAGGCCGUGGCGUUCAUGGUGUCGGAGUGGUGGGUCUGCAAGACGCGCUGG